GUAAAUGGGAACUUUUCUGUUAACUUCAGGAGAAAAUCAAUCAGGCCUAGACCCUCAAAGUCAUUGCAUCAGUGCAUGUGAAAAGCCAACAUAAAUAAUGAUUACAACAGAAUAUGCAGAAUAGUGACUCUGUUUUCCUCUUUUACAAAGCUGUGGCACUAAACGUGCUAGUGAAAGCAUCCAGCAACUGAAAUAUGCCUUGGGGGAAAGCCAUCCUGCAAUGGGAGAAGGGGAAAUAGCGUUUUACCUGUCUUCCAGUAAUGCAGGCCGAGAUGAGACUGGGGAUGCAGCUUGGCAGGAACUACAGAACAGCCAUGCAGUCAAUCAACUUAAAGUUCUGUUGCGACAGCAAGAGGAACUUGAAAGUCAAUUAUCUCCAUCAAAAAGGAAGAUAUUAUCCUAUGGAACUUCAGAAGCUGCAGAUCAGAGUUCGCCUGGCCUGUGUGAUCUUGUUCCUAUCAUUACUGAUCAGUCUCAAUACAUUAACCACUUAGAAGCAGAAGUGAAGUUUUGCAAGGAGGAAUUAUCUGGAAUGAAAGGUCGGAUACAAGUUGUGGUGCUUGAAAAUGAGAAACUCCAUGAGGAAUUGAAAACUCUAACGGUGGAGCAGACUUUGAGAGAACAAACGCUUCUGGAUGCCUCAGCAAAUACUCAGAAGUCCUGGCCUAUAGGAGGUGAUGAUUCUAGGGUACAUCAGCCUGCUAAAUCACGAUCAUCACAUGACAAAGACCAUGUCUUAAUCUCAACAGCAACUGCAGAAAUAGAAAAAUGGCAGCUAGAAUUGGAGAAGCUAAACCUUCUCUAUCAAGAAAGGACUGAUGCAUUUGAAGCUCAAGUACAAUCACUGAGAAAAGAUCUAUCUGAAUCGCAAAAAAAUUGUGAAGAUCUGAAAGGAAGAUUAAAGCACCAAGAUUCACUUAUUGCAUCAAGUAAUUUAACCCGGGUUGGUGGUCUUUGUCUGAAAUGUGCACAACACGAAGCUGUUCUUUCCCAGACUCAUUCCAAUGUCCACAUGCAGACCAUUGAAAGGUUAACAAAAGAAAGAGAUGACUUAAUGGGUGCACUUGUUUCAGUGAGAAAGCACCUGAGAGAGAUGCAGCAAAGGGAAUCUAGUGCCUAUGAACAAGUGAAACAAGCUGUGCAAAUGGGAGAAGAAGCCAACUUAGAAAAGACUAAGGCUCUACUCCAGUGUGAUCAACUGAAAAGUGAGAUGGAAAGACAGAAAGAUCGCCUUGGAAGGGAGCUAGCCUCUCAACUAGAUAAGCGAGAUGGUGAAAAAGAAGCACUGCGGGAAGAAAUGAAGAAAGAAAGGGAAGACUUGGCAUCAACAGUGAUGGUUCUGUCUCAGAAUGUGGCCACACAUGAAGCACAGUUAGAGAGAAUUACAAGAGAAAAGAACUUAAUAGCUAACCAACUAGAGGAAACCCAAAAUCAAUUUACUUCUCGGGAGAUGGAGAUUAAUAAGGUGUGCGGAGAAAUGCGAUAUCAGUUGAAUCAAAGCAAAAUGAAGAAGGAUGAGGCAGAAAAGGAGCUCAGAGAGUACAGAACAAAAACUAUAAGGGAGCUUGAAAUUAAGGACCAGGAAAUAGAGAAACUGGGUUUAGAGCUGAAUGAAAGCAAACAGCGUUUGGAACAAGCACAGCAGGAUGCAUCUAGAGCCAAAGACGAGUGCCUAAAACUGACAGAACUGCUGAGUAAAUCUGAGCACCAACUGCACCUCACCAGGUUGGAAAAAGAAAGCAUUCAGCACAGCUUUAACAGUGAGGCAAAGGGCCGAGCCCUUCAGGCCCGGCAAAGAGAGCAGGAGCUGACACAGAAGAUGCAGCAAGCUGAGAGAGACCACAACAAAGUAGAAAAACAAAGGGCUUUAAAUGAACUGGAUUCAUUGCUGACCUCCCAGAAUAUGUUCAUAGCAAAAUUAAAGGAAGAAUGUUGUGUGUUGGCAAAGAAACUGGAACGUAUAACAGAAAAACACAGGUCUGAAGUCAGCCAGCUUAGUCAGGAGAAUGUGUACCUCCAUGACAGAUUGGAGAAGAUGCAGAAAAGGAAUGAUGAAUUGGAGGAACAGUGUAUCCAGCAUGGGAAAAUGCAUGAGAGAAUGAAAGUGAGGUUAUACCAGCUUGACAAGCAUUGCCAGACCACUGCUCAGCAGCUAGUGGAGUUACUCAAUAAACAGAAUCAGCUCUUCAAAGAGAGGCAGAUGCUUACAGAAGAGGUGCAGAUCCUGCGCACCCAGGGAUCAUGCCAAUACCAGGAACAAGCGAAAAGAAAGUCAUAGGGAAAUAUUCCUCAGCCAUCGAGAAAGCAACCCAGUUUGCCAGUCUGAAUGCUGACUUGUUUGACGCUGACCCCAAAGCAACAUGUCUAAUAGAAGUAACCUCUUGCUGGUUAAUGUCAGUUGGUUUACACCAACUAUUGGAUGUGUUGCACUUAAAUCAAGAAACCUUUUUAAAUGUGAGCAUCUUACCAAAAUUUCAAAUAAGACUUCAGCACAAGAGUUUUCCAUUGUGCAUCCUGUGAAGUGUUUAGACUCACCAUCAAGUUAAAACAGCUGCUGCACAGCACGGGCUUAACUCUAAGCUUGUACAAAUUUUUAGAAAAUAUUUCAGAUGUAUUUUUGUAAUUUAUUCCAGCAUUUAUGUUCUAUUACAUUUGUAAAUGCCAAUA